AUGGCCAAUGUCAGUGUCAGUGGUGAAAUUGCUGGCGAAGUGGCUACAAAGCGUCCUCGACUGGUGGGCACUUCCAAGAGUCCCAAAGUAGUUGAGUCCCAAGCGGUCAAGGUCGCCAAUCGGGUUCCCAAAUGUGCCCGCUGUCGCAACCAUGGGAUUAUUUCGGAGCUACGAGGACACAAGAAGCUGUGCACCUACAAAAACUGCAAGUGCGCCAAGUGUGUGCUGAUCUUCGAGAGGCAACGCAUCAUGGCCGCUCAGGUUGCCCUGAAGCGCCAGCAGGCCGUGGAGGACGCGAUUGCCAUGCGGCUGGUGGCCAACAAAACCGGUCGAUCCAUUGACACUCUGCCGCCGGGCAACAUCUUCGGUCUGACCGUGACCCAGCCCAGUUCACCGCAUCCCAAGCGGGAAGAUGUGCAGUCGGAGAAGCUUCUGCCGGAGGAGCAGAAGCAGCCGGAUCAGCCGCAGGAGGAGGAGUACGGCGAACAACCGGCGGUAGCCCAAGAUCUCAGUGCUCCCCGGCGGGAUAACGUCUCCCAAACGGCCAUCGAUAUGCUGUCGCAGCUCUUUCCCCAGCGCAAGCGAUCUGUCCUGGAGUUGGUCCUCAAACGCUGCGAUCUCGACCUGAUCCGGGCCAUUGAGAAUGUCUCGCCCUCGGGCAGAAACACACCAGUGGAUGUCACCAGCACCCAGUUGCCAAGCCAGGAGCCAGGAGUAGUUCCCAGUGUGCCGCAGAUCACGUCCAGAAGCAGCGCCUUUAGGCCUGUAAUAACAGAUCAGUACCAGAGCAAAUCGAUGGUGGAGCUUAAGCCGCCGGUCUUUGGAAGCAGCGCCUCGGCGGCGGCUGCCGCCAUUUGUGCCUACCCAAAGUGGUUUGUGCCGCUCUCGUUUCCGGUGACCAUGGGACACCUUUCCAACCUGGCACCGCGCUGCACCUUGCCCAACUGUGCCUGCUUGGACAGCUACCAGUUCCACUAGGAGCACCAGCACCUCUAUCACAAACUAAACAUUAUUCUAUUGAAAUAAAUUUAUUUAACCUAACUACAAGCUGAACUAUCUUAUGAGUAAGUGGGCAA